AUGCAUGUUGCAUAUCAUCCCAUUGGCCGCCCUGACCGCCCGCUCAGAAAGCAUAUCCACACAGUCAUUACAUAUAUGUUGGGCGUAGACGCAUUGUACCAAACCCGCGCGGACAGAAAGUGCGACGGACCACGCUUACUUUUCUUCUCUCGUCCUCUCUUUCGUUUGUUGUUGUUGCUACUUGCUGUAGUUGUCGUUGCUCGUUCUGCAAAUCUGUCGAUGGCUCUUCAACUCCUUCGCUCGCAGUGGUCCUACUCCCAGGUCCCUGGGGACGACGUCGCCAGCCCUGGUCUCCCGUCGGCAAAGACUCGGCCGAGUCUGUCCGAGGUCAUCUACUCAAAGCGCUUCCGUUGGGUGGCGUCGGCCAUUGUCGGCCUGCUUUUCUUGGUCCUAGUCUUUCACAAUUCUGACCAGAUCUCGGCCAUACGGUCGUCUUCGUCCACCGCGUCGUCCCACCAAGACCAUGGGGAGUCAUCCCAGAUCAAGUCUCCGCCUGGACAGCACGAUGUCGACUGGUCUCGGUUCGCGUACGUGCAGUACGUCACCGACUCGCAUUAUCUCUGCAACUCCGUCAUGUUCUUCGAAAGGCUGGAACAUGUGCAGAGCAAAGCAGACCGCGUCCUGAUGUACCCGUCCACAAUGGUUGACCCCCAAGCGACAGAGGGGGGCAGACCCGACGCAGAUCUUGUGCUCCGCGCGAGGGACGCUUAUGGCGUCAAAUUGGUACCUAUUACUGUCCAACAUCGGCAAAGCGCAGAUCCGACGUGGGCGGAUUCCUUCACCAAGCUGCUUGCUUUCAAUCAGACUCAGUAUGAACGCGUCCUCUCUAUUGAUUCGGACUCUACCCUCUUGCAAAACGUCGACGAGCUUUUCCUUUUGCCGCCAACCCCGGUGGCCAUGCCCCGGGCCUACUGGCUUUAUCCGGAGAAGGAGAUCCUCUCUUCCCAGAUCAUGCUUGUAACACCCAGUGCCGCCGAGUUUGCUCGCAUCAAGGCAAAGAUCGACAGCGCUGGAGAGAAUGACUACGACAUGGAGAUCGUCAACACCUUGUACAGAGACAGCGCCCUGGUGCUCCCUCAUCGGCCUUACGACCUUCUCACGCGCACCGUAGCCGGCGACCACAUCAAGGAGUACCUUGGAAACGACCACGAGGCUUUCGAUCCGGUUGCCGUCUACAACGAGGCGAAGCUGCUCCACUUCUCCGACUGGCCGGUGCACAAGCCAUGGUUGUAUUCCCCGCCGGAGCUCAUGCAGGCCCAUCAGCCGAAAUGCAUCGUCAAAGACGAUGUCGAAGACUGCACCGCGAGGGACCUUUGGCUAGGAUUCUACACGGACUUUCGAGCCCGUCGAAAGCGAGUUUGUGAGGACCCCGCCGCUCUGAGGCCGAGGGGUGCUGGACGACGUUCGUAG